AUGUAUUCUCCUAAAACACUAACUCAUGUUUCUUCCGCAACCGAAUACAUUUUAGUUUACGCCAAAAAUUUAGCACACGCCGAAACGGGGAAGUUGGAACAUACAGAAAAACAAAAAACUAGAUUUCAAAACCCAGAUAACGACCCAAAUGGUUCCGAAUAUGAAGAAAGAGAAUUAAAUGACGGAUAUGCAAAGGCUUUAUUACUUAAAAAUAGCCAAAAUCCUUUGGAUUUGGAUGAGCCAUUAAGCGACCCAGUAGUCCAACAGGCAAGAGAUAAAACCCAAAAGAUUUAUGAAACUGUGCAAAGUGGUAUAGUUCCCCUUACCUACUGGGAGCCAGAAGUUUAUGAAAUACCGCUAGAAUUACGAACAGAAGUAAAUGCUUUAAUUGGUCGCGGACAUGACCCUUUUGCUGGCUCUGGAACCACCGGACAUGCUGUUUUACAAUUAAAUAAAGAAACCGGAGCCAACCGAACCGAACAAAAAGAACAUGAACCAUUAGGCGGAGGAUUUAAAUUUACUACUUUGGAUAAACAAAUCAAUAACCAGGCCAUUUUGCAAAUGGAAAGAACUGAAUUAAUUGAUACCAUUAUUGCCAGCCGAAUUGAUAAAUAUCAUCAAAAAUACCAAGGACUACAACUGCUUAAAGACCAAAAAUAUAAUUACUUAAUUGCUAAAAACACUAAUGAUGAAGGAUUUUUUUUAGUGUGA